CUCCCCUUUGGGAAAGGUUCUUUAAGGGAAACGAGGGGAAGUCCUCGGUUUACGUGCAUUCUUCUCCAUCCUUUAAAGCCCAGUUCCCACCCAAAUCGGUUUUCUACGAGAGACAGAUACCCAGUCAGGUGGCAGAAUGAGGAAAGAUGAGCAUAUGUGAUGCCGAGAGAAGACUUCUCGCGAACGCGCUACUCGAUAUCGCAAACGAAUGGUUCAUUCUCCUAUCUGAAUCAUGCAUUCCGCUCCGAAACUUCACCCUCAUUUAUACCCACAUAAAGAGAUCAAAACACAGCUUCAUCGGGUCAUUUGAUGACCCGGGCCCGUACGGGCGUGCCCGAUAUGACCCGAACAUGUUGCCCGAGGUGAAUAUCUCCCAGUGGAGGAAAGGCUCCCAAUGGUUUGAGAUCGACCGAAACCUCGCCCUCUAUAUAGUAGAGGACGUCACUUUCUACCCAAAGUUUUCGGACUUCUGCACCCCGCCAUGUUACGUGGACGAGCAUUACUUCCCGACCAUGCUCGCUAUCAAAGCGGCGAACCGGUUGGCCAACCGAAGCCUCACGUGGGUCGACUGGUCGCGGGGUGGGGCCCACCCCGCCACUUUCGAGAGGUCCGAUAUCACCGAGGCAUUCGUGAAGAGAAUGCUCGAAGGCCAUAGGUGCGUGUACAACGGGCGAAAUUUCUCCGUUUGCUUUCUUUUCGCGAGGAAAUUCGCUCCCAGUGCAUUGGAACCUCUCUUCAUUUUAGCUCCAAAAUAUUUGGGGUUCUGAUGCAACAGAGAGAUCUGAAUAUAACUUUCAAUUAUAUUCGUGUUAGACUUUUUUUUUAAAAAAAUUAGGAUGAUUUU